UACAAGGCGUCGCUAGUGUGUAUGGCAACUGGUAACUGUUCCGUUGUAUUGUUGGAUGGUGGCCUGGCAACAGAGCUAGAACAAAGAGGCUUUAUGAUACAGGAUGACCCUCUGUGGAGCGCACGACUACUCAGAAGUCAACCACAAGCAAUUAAAGAUGUACACAAAUGUUAUUUGGCAAGUGGUGCUGAAAUCAUCAUUACAGCGUCAUAUCAAGCGAGGUAGUGUUACAGGGUUCAUGAAGUACCUCGGUGUCAGUCUAGAGGAGGCAAAGUCUCUUAUGACUCGCAGUAUUUCACUGGCAAGACAAGCAGUAGGGGAACAUCUGGCAGAAAGGGGAAUUCAGUACUCAAGAGAAAUUCAUUUAUAUGGCAUUGGCCAAUGUCGUUUACCUCUCAUUGCUGGUUCUAUUGGUCCAUAUGGUGCUUGCUUGCACGAUGGGUCUGAAUACACAGGCAGCUAUGUGGAUAGAGUCACUAAGCAAAAGCUGAAAGAUUGGCAUCGUCAACGCAUAGAGCUUUUUUAUAGUGAAGGGUUGAGGCUGUUUGCUUGUGAAACAAUACCAGUUCAACUAGAAGCUGAGGUAAUUGUUGAGGUGAUGUCUGAGUUUUCAGAUGCAUAUUGUUGGAUAUCAUUCUCUUGCAAGGAUGGUUUACAUGUGUGCCAUGGAGAGACUCUAGUUGAUGCAGUCUCUUCCGUUGUGCAUUCCUCUCAGGUGGCACCAGAGGCUGGUCUGGGGCACCAAGCAAGCAAGAUUUGGCACCAAGGCGUGAAGCUACUCAAGCAGAUGGUGACAUCACAACUGCGACUGAAGACAUCACUUAUGUCAAUCAUGUGUCUGCAUGUGUGCCCGCCUGCCUGUCUGUCUGCAUGCAUCCAGGUAAUUGCAGUGGGAGUUAAUUGUACUGCACCCCAACAUGUUGAAUCUCUCCUGAAGAGCAUUUCUAAAUGCUCAGCUGGACGAAUGUUGCUGGCUUAUCCUAAUAGUGGUGAAGAAUGGAUUGAUUCUCGUUGGGAAGUCCAAGAAGACUCAUCUUUAGCUUUGGUGAACUACCUGCAAUUAUGGAUACAAGCAGGAGCAAAGCUAAUAGGGGGUUGUUGUCGAACAAGACCAAGUGACAUACAGAGUUUUCACCAAGCUUUUCAUGCUAACCAGAAUUAGGUAAAUGGUUGCAUUGUAUACACUGGAUGCUGUGGAUCCCGGAGUAUAUAGUGUAAUAUCAAACAAACGUUGUAACAGUAUUUCUGUAUUGACUACGGGUGUUAAAAUAUAUUAUUAUGUUGUCUUGCA